AACUUCAGAGUACAGUCUUAGGUUUAGAGCGCAACAACAAAACACACAAAACGCUACUUUUCACACACUUUACACAACUUCUGUCCUGCCCAGUCUGUUUCUCUCAUGGCUGGCAAGUCGUUGUCCCUCGUUGCUCCUUUUUUCCUUCCCUAACGCACGCACAUUACGGGAAAAAGGGACUUAGAAUUUUCACGGGACUUGGCCGCAGAACAGAAGACACUCCGAAGGACAUCUCCCCCUUUAACUCCAAAAGUGUUGAAAAAAGUUUUGGGCUCAUUUGAUAACACGAAAGCACUCGAGUCUCAUCCAGUCCUCCCUAGCAAAGCAAGAAAGAAAAAAGGAUCUCGUGUGUGUGUUGGCAACAUCCGGCUACGAAGACCGACCGAUAUACCUCGACAAUUGAAGCCAUAACUUCUUGACCACGACAGUGUCCUCGUGUGUUCUCUCUGUCUUUGUACGUGUCACAGUGUUUCAAAAAUUAAGUGUCGAUUGUUGUUCUUCUUCACACAAGUUUGACGCUGUUUUUCGUCAAAAACGAGUUGCAUUCGUUAUCUGAUAUCGAAAAUUCGCCACGUAGCUUGAAAUCUAUUUGAAAAGUUGUUCAAACUUCAGUUCAUAAAUGAGAGAAAGGAAGAGUAGAAGAAGCGCCACGACGACGAGCAGCGAUAGCAGCGCCAUGGUUCCUCAGCAGCAGACGAGCAAUGGCAGCCGGGCUGACAGUCCGAGCACAUCAGGCGUUCAACCGAAAUUUGGCUCGCUUCUUGUGGAUAGAAAAUCUUCAACUCCAUACUCGGAUGCCACUCAGACGAAGAAAAACAACCCGAACCACAUCAAGCGGCCGAUGAACGCUUUCAUGGUGUGGUCGCAAAUUGAGCGGCGCAAGAUUUGCGAAAUCCAACCGGACAUGCACAACGCCGAGAUCUCUAAACGGCUGGGCAAGCGCUGGAAGACAUUGUCGGAGGAAGAGCGGGCCCCGUACAUAGCCGAGGCGGAGCGAUUGCGCCAACUGCACAUGCAAGAGUACCCCGACUACAAGUACCGGCCGCGCAAGAAGGCCAAGCUGAGCACGAGCGGCAGCGCCAGUCCAUCGUCUCUCUGUUCGUCGGCUGCCAUGCCAGCUAGUCCGGUGAGCCAAUCGAGCAGCAACAGCAACAGCAGCAUCGGCAGUAGCGUCAGCGCGAAGGGACUGGCCGACCAGCGGAGAACGAUGGCCUCGUCGAAGGGCAGGAGGACCAGCGCCGUGGUGACUUCGGGUCCGUGCGGCACGUUGUUGACGACACACAACAACAACAGCCACAGCACGCCCAACCAGAAUGGCGGGUUCGCCUCGCUGGCCAAAAUGACGUCUUCGUCAUCGUCGCGGGCGCGGAUCACGCAAACGUUGGGCGGACUCUCCACCGUCAACCACAAUCGCCUCAAGUUGCGUCUGACCAUCGACCGCAAGUUCAAGGAGAGCAUCCGCAACAGCAAAAACGUCCCGACGGCCUUGCUGGCUGUUGGUCAUAACGGCGUUAGCAGCGUGAAAACGUCGACUCCAGUACAGCCGCCGGCCAAAGUCCCGUCCAGCCCAUCGUCGGACAUUCCCGAUUCGCCGGCCAGUCUGACCAUGUACGAAGAGUCGUCUGCUGGACACCAACACCACCAUCAUCACAACGUUGCCGCAGUGAGAGAAGACUCGCCCAUCUCUGGAUUGAUCACGCCACCUACCUCUUCCUCUUCUUCGUCGUCGCCCAGUAAUAACUCUGGCGGCGGAGGAGGUCCAUCGCUACUCAGCCUCGGCUCGUUCGGCAUCAAGAGCGAGCCGGGUCUGGUGGCCACGUUGACUCCCGAGCCGGAUGUCGAGUCGGAUGACAUGGACGAGUCGCCUUGCCACCAUUUCGGUUUGCAAUCGAUGGUCGGCGGCGCGGUGGUAGGCGGCUCGAAUAAGAAUGGCGGCGACUCGACUCAUUUGCCGAUGCGCAUCAAGCAGGAGCCCAGUUUGAUGAUGAGCUCGGCUGCUGGCACGGGCGAGUCGACGCUGGCCGACCUGGACUCGUUGACGGAUCUCUUUUCGCUGCCCUCCGACAUGAAGCUGGAUAUCGACACAUUGGCUGCCGCCGACGAUCUCGACUCGAUCGAUUCGGCCUCCCUUUCAUCCGGUUCCCAUUUUGAGUUCUCCUGCACGCCCGACGUCAACGACAUGCUCAUGGAUAUUGGCGUCUCCAACGACUGGGUCGACAAGAGUUUCGCCAAUCUCAUCGACUGCUAGACGAAAACCUGGAGGUGGGCGAAACAAAAUAAGUGGGGGAAAAGAAAAAAAAAAAAGAGACGGUACCAAAGUAGUACUCCGGCUUUUUUAUUUUCCUCAUUUCUCUCUCUCUUUCUUCAACUUCUAACUUCGCUACUGGCUGCGCGUGUUGUCCAAAUCACCCACAGCGAUCACGUCACUGCAACACACACACACACACACACAUAUACGAAAGAUUGUUGUGUGUGUGUGGUGUCGUCCCCGCCCUUUCUCCUCCCGUGUGUGUGUGUGUGUCAUAAAAAAAAAAUCACCUCUCCACCAUGAUCUCUUUUUUUGUCGGCCGCUCCUCCACCGAAAAAAUCCUACACCAACAACAACUUUAUUUUUUCCCCCCUUUUUUUCGAGUUUAACCUCCCCUCAUCCCGCAACAAACAGAAAUACCCCCGUGAGAAAAAUGCGAGAGGACAUUAUGCGGAGCUCAAUGUCUUUUCCAGGUAAACUCCUUGUGCCGAUGGAGAGAGAAAAAAGAAGAGUAGUCGACGAACCCGAUUGCGGGUGUGCGUGUUUGUGUGGAAGUUCUCACCAUCCCCCUCAUUUCCCAUAGUCAUAAUUGUUAACCUCAUUCUAGAAAACAACAACAACAACAAAAAACAACCCAAAAAAAAAGUAUCAUCUUCAAUCUUGAUGGGAUUGAUCAACCAAAAGUACUUUUCUAUUUUUUUAUUAUUAUUUUAAAUUUUGUUUUCCCCUUUUUUAAAAAUAUUUUUUUUUACCGUGAAGAAAUUCAAAAUUUUUUGCAGUUUUUUUUUUUUUUUUUUACAAAAUUAUUAUUCGUGGAUUAGGGAGAGGAGAAUACGUUUAUUUUGUUUUUUCGAAAAAAAAUUUUUUUUUGUGUUUAAACAAUGGUUUCCUUUGCGGGCCUCGCCAAUGUAAAUAUAGACUCGGAAAACAGCAUUAAAAACGUGAAGAGACUUUCUUUCUGUCUCUCAGACCCAAGCCUCCCCUCCGAUAUACACUAUUAUAAUAUAUACGAAAAAAAAAUGCAUAUAACAACAAAAAAAAAAGUGGAAGAAACAACAAUUCCCGGGGCCCUGACGUGAUUCCCCCCCUCCAUACCCCCCCCCCCCUCUUUGUCGUUCAGGAGGAGCCGUGCGGUAGAGAUAGAGAGCUUGCCGUAGGGUGUCGGCCUUUUUUUUCUAUUUUUUUUUUUUUUUUUUUUGCGUGUAUGUUUUUUUUUUAAAGCCACCCCUCCCCUCCCUUUAAAGAAAUGUCACCUGAGAAAGACUUGCGUGUAAUCCCGAUUGUAUGUUUUUUUUCUUCCUUGCUUGAUUUUACGACAGAGAGAAAUAAGAGUAAAUUUGUAUGUGCGUGUGUGUGUGUGUGUGUAAUCAUCUCCUCAAUGUAAAAUUUUUAAAAAAAUGAUACGAAAGCUGUUUUGUGGGUACGACAACAGCAAGCAGGGAUAUUUUUCUUUUUCCUUUUUCCUCUCUUUUUUUUAAUUAAAGAAAAGAAAAAGAAAAAAAAAUUUGAGGGGGAAAACAAAUAUUCAUCUCAUCGCUUUUUUUUUGUCCCCCUCUAUUCACUUCCACAUCCCCGUUUCCCCUGAAUAAUAAUCCCCCCCCCCUCCAAUAUAUAAAAAAAAAAAAGAAAUUUAUUUCACAAUGUUUACCUGAUUCAUCGAAUGGAAGGAAGGAAGGAAAAAAAAGUCCACCACCUCAGCUCGUCUGCGUCCCUCGCACGCACACACGAUUUUUUCCCCGCCCCGCUCUUAUAUGUUUUCACACAUGGCGUUUAUAAUUCUCCCCUCCCCCCCCCCCAAAAAAAAAACUUGUUUUUCCCUUUUUUUAACCAUUAAAUACCUGUUGAUUAUUUGAGAAAAAAAAAAGCAAACAAAAUUUUUUUCGCCAUUCUUUUUCUUUUUCCGACACACUUUUUAUAUUUUUGUUAUUUUUUUUUUUGUUUGACCAACAUCUUUCUAAGUCAGGUUUCACUUUUGAUGUGAAUCCAGUGGACACAGCAAUGCUAGUAAAAACAAAACAGACAUACAAACACACACGUCUACAGAAAAAAAGAAAAGCCUUUUCGGUUAAAAAAACGACUUGAUUUCAUGUCAGUAACGUGGCCGAUUCAAACGAAAGAGAAAUAACAAAACACGGAAAGUGUGUAGAGAGAGAGAGAGUCGAAAAACAAAGUGUCGUUUUCACGUAGAGGUUAGAUCCAAAUAUUGUCUUUUUUUCAAACAAAAAAAUCUGUGUAAGUGCGUUCGUUUAAUCGCAUUAUGCAGAGCGUUGUCUUCACGAGAGAGAGAGGGAGAGUGGUGUUACCAAUGAUUUUCAGAGAAAGGUCUCUCUCUCACCACUCGCUAUCGACGUCUUUCGUAUCGUCUCCGAAAACACAUUCGCGUCAUUUUCACCCGUAGAGUACAAUCCCCGCCCCCCCCCCCCCCCAAAUCCCCGUCAAUAAAUUCUUUUUUAAAUGACAAAUUUCGUCCCCGUUCUUAUUGCAAAACGCUCAUCUUUUCAUUCAAGAGUCAAAAACAAACAUUUCUUUUUCUCCUUCAAACUCCCUCCCAUUCGCUCGAUCAUCUUUUUUUUAAAUUAUUGUUUCGACAUUAUUUUGUGGUGAAAUGUUAUUGUAUGGCGAUGGUAAAAUGUUUUGUGCAUUGGAAAGGAAAAAAAGAAUGAAAAGACGAUAGCAAAAAAAAAAAAAACAUUCAGGUAUUUGCCUUUUUCGGUUCUAAUUUUCAUUGUUUUCGCGUUUGAUCCUGUGCUAUUUUUCAAUGUGUUUCCAAUUCACGGAGGAAAGCCUCCUCUCUUUAAUGGUGUUCUAUACCCGCCCAACACCCCAAAAAUUGUUAUUAUUGUGUGUGUGUUUUGUGUGUCGGAAGAGCUGAUGCUGAAUCUGAUGCGCACACCUAUGAGGCUAGGGUUUUUUUUUUUUUUUUUUUACCUCCCCCCCCCCCCAUCCUGUGCUGUACAUAACUAUACAUAAACAUACACACAUUAUCCUCCUUGA